AUGGCCGGACAACAGUUCCAGUAUGAUGACAGCGGCAAUACGUUUUUCUACUUCCUCACGUCCUUCGUUGGACUUAUUGUGAUCCCGGCCACAUAUUACCUGUGGCCGCGGGAUCAGAACGCUGAGCAACUGCGUCUGAAGAGCCUGAGGAGGGUGCAUGGCAGGUGUCUGUGGUAUCGGCUCAGGCUGGUCAAAUCCCAGCAGAGCAUGGUCCCAACACUAAAAAAAGCAGCCUUGCUGUUUGGGUGGGCUGUGUUCCUGCUGCUAGCCUACAAGGUGUCCAAACUGGACAGGGAGUACCAGGAAUACAACCCCUAUGAAGUCCUCAACUUGGACCCGGGUGCCUCGCUGCCAGAAAUCAAAAAGCAGUACCGUGUACUGUCUCUAAAAUACCACCCUGACAAAGGUGGUGAUGAGGCCACAUUUAUGGCAAUUGCCAAAGCAUAUUCUGCUUUAACCAAUGAAAAGUCGCGAUACAUCUGGGAAACGUACGGUAACCCGGAUGGCCCAACAGCCACCAGCUUUGGCAUCGCCCUGCCUGCUUGGAUUGUUGACCAAAAGAACUCCAUGCUGGUGUUGUUAGUCUAUGGCCUUGCCUUCAUGGUCAUCCUUCCUGUAGUUGUGGGAACAUGGUGGUACCGCUCAAUCCGAUAUAGUGGAGACCAGAUUCUCAUCAGCACCACUCAGCUUUUUAUGCAUUUUAUGUGCAAGACACCAAACAUGAACAUGAAACGUUUAAUCAUGGUGCUGACUGCAGCCUUUGAAUUUGACCCUCGCAGCACUAAAGAAGCCACCAUAAGACCCACAGACAACACUGAAGUGCCACAGUUGAUCCGUGAAUUGGGGAAUAUCAACGUGAAGAAGAAGGAGCCUCCCUUCUGUUAUCCAUACAGUCUAAAGGCCAGGGUGUUGGUGCUUUCACAUCUGGCCCGCAUGGAGGUGUCAGAGGAGUUAGAGGAAGAUCAGAGAUUUGUGUUGAGGAAGACUCCAGCUCUCCUCCAGGAGAUGAUCAACAUAGGCUGCCAGCUCACCAUGAUGGCAAACAGCAGAGGAGCUUUCCACGCUCCCAGACUGACAACCAUUGAGAAUUUUAUGAAGCUGACCCAAAUGAUCGUGCAGGGCCUGCAGGAGUCCAAGUCACCGCUGCUGCAACUGCCUCAUUUCGAAGAGGAGAACCUCCGCUACUGCAUUUCAAAGAAGUAUAAGGUGCGGUCCCUGCAGGACCUGGUCAGUCUAAAAGACUCAGACCGACGCAACAUGCUGCGUUUCCUCGGGGAGGAGAAGUAUGAUGAGGUCAUUGCUGUGCUGGGCAGCUUCCCUCAUAUCACCAUGGACAUCAAGCUCCAGGUCCUUGAUGAUGAAGACAGCCAUAACAUCACCGCAGGCUCAAUCGUCACAGUAACUGUUACCUUAACCAGAAAGCGUAUGGCAGAUAUGUUUGAGAAGGAGCAGGAAGCAUCAACAUGUCAAGGAGAGGAGGCUACCAAUACAGAGGAAGCAGGAGACACGAAUAAGGCCAAAACAAAAGUUUGGCAAAACAAGAAUAAAGGGGCCAAAAAGACAGCCAAGUCCAAGAAGAAGAAAUUGACCAAGAAAAAAGCCACGCCUGCUCCUAUUAAAGCCAAGCAGGCUAACGGCAAUGUGGCAGGAAAUGAAACGGCCGCUGUAGCAUCAUCUGCAGCAUCCGCAACGAAAGAGGAAGAUGAUGAAGCCUCAGAUAAGGGCAGCGAGUCAGAGGAAGGUGAAGCCAACAAGGACUCUCCCAGCGAAAGAGACGAUGAAAGCGACAAACAGAGCGACACUGAGGUUGAUGAGGGUGCUGGAGAUGACGAAGAGGAGUGGGAGGCACUGCAGCAGAGCAUCCAGCGGCGAGAACGGGCGCUGCUGGAAACAAAGUCGAAGGUGACGCAUUCGUCCUAUAGCCUUUACUUCCCAGAAGAGAAGCAAGAGUGGUGGUGGCUGUACAUCGCUGAUCGCCGAGAUCAGACACUCGUCUCUAUGCCCUACCACGUCUGCACGCUAAAGGACUCUGAAGAGGUGGAGCUAAAGUUUCCAGCCCCAUCCAAAAGGGGCAACUAUCAGUACUCAGUCAUCCUCCGUUCCGAUUCCUACCUGGGCCUAGAUCAGAUCAAACCACUGAAGCUUGAGGUCCACGAGGCCAAGGCAAUGUUGGAUAACCAUCCGCAGUGGGACAUCCCCGACACGGAGGAGGAGGACGAGGAGCAGGAGGACAGCGACGGCAUCGAGGAGAGCGACGACGAAGACGAGGACAACGACUGAAGGGGCAGACGGGGAACGUGUUCAGGCCCCUCCCCCCCGGAGCGGAUGCCCAUUCACUAGUGACGAGGAGAAGCCGUGCCUGCCAUAAACAAAGCGAAACAAAAACCACACAAUGAAUAAAUCACUGAGGAAAGUUUAUACACCCAGAAGCCGCCACCGUUUUACUUUUCCAUCAUGAAUUGUGACCCCACAUCUGUCUCGCCCUUUCUAAAGAGACUUGUUUCAUGGGGGAUUUCUGUGAAUACUAACAGGCCUGAGUGUGUGAGUAAAUGAGUGUGUGCUGUGUAAAGUGUAUGUGUUUGUACAGGAAUGAGAGCAGACCAGUUUGCACUAAAGGACCUAUUACUAUAAAAUGGGCUCUUUUCCUCGAGGCGGAUAAGUAACGGCUACAUCUGUUUGCAAAAACUAACUGAAACUGUAUGGAGAUUGUCUCCGGACUUUCUUUCAGUUUUUCAGUUUUUAAAAUCGUUCUGCACCAAUUUUUUCUCCACACCAGUGAUACUUUCUGUUGUAUAUCUUAUCUGCAGAGGUGAAUAUUAAAGAAACAUUUUGUCUUUUGAGUCCAGAGGGGCACAAGUUUAUUUUAUUGUAUUCCUUUUUAAAAGUUUUUGUUUUUUUCCUUGGCAUCACACCUGAUUUUUAUUUGUACAUUUUUAUGUACUUCAUAUUUAGGGAGAUGUCUGCGGAGAGAAUGGGGAGGAAAUUGUUUUUGUUGUAUUAAAAAAAAAGAAAAACUG